AUGACUCAGGAGGAGGAGAAAGCACCACACGAGAGCGACAACAACACAUUAUCUAAGCCCGACGUACCCCCAAUCUCCCAGGGAAAGGACAUCGUUGAGGCCAAAACAGAGGAAGUUGCACAACCACUGGGACACAAAUGCUCGCCCUAUGACUUGCCAACCGCGCCCAUCAUCGACUCUGGCCUCCCUCCUGAACUCUGGAAUAUCGUGCAGUCUGCACCCGCAUGCUUCACACCGCAAUACUUUCUCGACGUCAGUCGCAACUUGCUCGAGAAUCCCAAUUUGACGGCGUCGCAUCUUGCCCGUGCGGAACUGUCGUAUCAGAGUUUCACCGAUGCGUCAUUUAAUACGAAAGCAAGGGCAUCUGAGGAAUUGGCGAGUAUUGUAAAGCAUCUGAAGCCUGAUCAUCGGCCACGACUAGUCCAUGGAGUUGGUGAUGGGGUGGGCGUGGAGGGGUACACGCUCGAGUGGACGGUGGUGAGGAAACUGAUUCCCAGGAAUCCGAAGCUGGAUGAAGCACUGUUGCAGACUUGUCAUUUGUUCACAUCGACUCAGGAUAUCACCGUGACGAGCCCGGAUGGAGAAGAAAAGACAGUCAAAGCGGAACGCUAUCUGGUGGUUUACAUUCCACAUGUGGACAACCCCGAGGCUAUACCGUUCUACCACCCUAAGGUCCGCAGUUUGGGCAUACUCUAUACAUUUAUACCUAAUCAUGACGCCUCGUCUUCGCCACUUCCCACUCCAGGCACGCUGUCCAUAUACUACUCGCUCUUCCCAACCUACCCCCUGGACAACCGACUAUCUCGCACUGGACUCAAGCUCAUGGAGAUCAUCCACAAGCAUUCUCGCGGCAGACAGGCUGGGUACAAAAAGCGUGUUCAUCAUGACCAGAUCAUCCCACAAAAGACGUUCCAGGACACGUAUGCAUACCUCAAGGGCAAGUAUGCGAAAGACUUGAUCGAAAAGUGGGUUGAGCAGACACCGCCUGAGAAACACGUCUUCGAGGACCUAGGAAUCGCAGCGUUCCUGAUGGAACUUUGGGUGGACAUGUACGGCGCCGACACAAGAGGCAAAACCGAAGACCCCACACGCGAGAAUACCCAUGAUGGCGUCGACACUGUAGUCGAACAAAGGAGGAAACGCGCACGCGACUCCUUCCCAGGCUUCGUCGACAUUGGCUGCGGCAACGGUCUUCUAGUCUACAUUCUCAACGCCGAAGGCUGGCACGGCUGGGGUUUCGAUGCACGGCGCCGCAAAACAUGGGAUGUAUUUGGGCCAUCUUACGCGACAAAGCUCCAGGAACUACUCCUCAUCCCCCAAGUCCUCCGUGAUCAGUCUGCACCCGAAGAUAGUAACUUCCCACCCUCACACAACGGCGUCUUCCCACCGCAUACAUUCAUCGUCUCCAACCACGCUGAUGAACUCACACCCUGGACCCCAUUACUCGCACAUCUUUCUGAUUCACCGUUCAUUGCGAUUCCCUGCUGCUCUCAUGACUUUGGGGGUAUGCGAUUUCGCGCGCCUGGUCAUGCCAAGUACUUGUCGCCCGAUCCCUCUACGAGUGGAGCAAAGAAUAAACAACCGUCUGCAUAUGCGGGGCUGUGUAGCUGGGUAAGCCACUUGACAGCGAGAGCAGAGUACGUGCCGGAGAAAGAACAUCUGAGGAUUCCGUCGACGCGGAACAUCGCUAUCCUCGGGCGGCGAAGGAGUGGAAGAGCAGGAGAAGAUAUGGAUGCAGAGAAAAGAUUAGAGUUUGUAAGAGAAGUAGUUGUGGAGGAGAUGGGUGGGUCAACGACCAUUGAUCAAGUUGGACGGAUGUGGGUAGAGAGAGGGAGUGCAUUGAUGAAACCUGGGAAAGGGGGACACUGAGUGGAAGAAGAC